GGCCUUGGUCAUAUAGGCAGGCAGAGAGCCCCUGCCAUAAUUGUCAGAGCCGGGGUCGGCACCGAUCAUCAGGGCACUGAUGAUCGGUGCCCAGCAGUGCCCCCCACCAGUUCCACCCACCUGUGCCCAGCAGUGCCACCCACCUGUGUCCACCAGUGCCACCCACCAGUGCCCAUCAGUGCAGCCCAGCAGUGCUGCCAGUCAGUGCCUCCCAGCAGUGCCGCCAGUCAGUGCCCAGCAAUGCCGCCAGUCAGUGCCGCCU